AUGUUCUUUAGCCGUGUCUCUUUCGCGGUGGCCGCCGUUUUCUUUGGUGCCGCCGCCGCUAUCGACAACGGUGCCGCCUACCUCGACCAGCGUGACGCGCUUGUUGUGCGCAACGGCGAAACGAUCACGGUUACUGUCUCGGAGCCUGCCACUGUCACCGUCACUAUCGCGGGCGCCUCUCCCUGCGAGUCGGACCAGGACACGGAGACGGUGGGCUCCAGCACCACCCCGAUUGAGACCUACACCACUUCGUCCAUCGAGACGUACACCACGUCCACCGAGACGUCGACAAGCACAUCCACCGCGACCAUCCCCGGCACCUCGUCGGUGACCUCUACGGUUUCGACGGUCCCCGACGUCCCCAGCAGCGCCGAGGUCUCGUCGUCGGCGACCACCACCCACACUCACCCCACCACCGCCGAGGUGUCCACGACGGAUACUUCGACGACGGCGACCCCCACCACGACCGUCAAUGGUGCGGGCAACAACAAGGCCAAUUUGGUGGGUGGCGUUGUCGCUGGCGGCGCCGUCGCGCUCGCUUUGGCCAUGGCCUAA